AUGAGUGAGGCACUGCAGCGAGACUACCAGCUGUGCGAGGAGCUCGGCCGUGGACGAUUCGGCGUCGUUUUCAAAGCCCAGAGGAACGGCGACGUUUUCGCCGUCAAAUCGAUCGACAAGCGAAUCGCCGACUCAGGCGACUCGCUCGAUGCCCAAUGUCUGUUGACGGAGCCGAAGAUUUUGAAGCUUUUGGCCUCGCACCCCAACGUCAUCAACCUCCACGACCUCUACGAAGACGACGACCACCUCCACAUGGUCCUCGACCUCUGCGAUGCGCCCGAUCUCUAUCGCCGAGUCACUCUCGGAGUCUUCUCCGAGCCCGAGGCCGCCUCGGUCAUGGCUCAGCUCAUGCUCGCCGUUGCGCACUGCCACCGCCUCGGCGUGGCUCACCGGGACAUCAAGCCGGACAACAUCUUGUUCGAUGGUCGGGACCGGCUUCGGCUCGCCGAUUUCGGAUCGGCCGAGACAUUCGGGGAUGGCGAGACGAUGAGCGGCCUCGUCGGAACGCCGUACUACGUGGCGCCGGAAUUGGUGGCGGGAAGGGAGUACGGGGAGAAGGUCGACGUUUGGAGCUCCGGCGUUGUUCUGUACAUAAUGCUGGCCGGUUUCCCUCCGUUUUACGGCGAUACGGCGGCAGAGAUCUUCGAGGCGGUGCUCAGAGCGAACUUGAGAUUUCCUUCGAGGGUUUUCAACGGCGUCUCGGCGUCCGUCAAAGAUUUGUUGAGGCGGAUGCUGUGUAAGGACGUUUCCAGAAGGUUCUCGGCUGAGCAAGUUCUCAGACAUCCAUGGAUUACAAGCGGGGGAGGGGCCAGAGCUGGGGCUGAUUAA